CCUGUGGUGCCCUGGCAGCGCUGCCCGGGGGGAGGAUGGUGCCCCUCACAGACCUGCAGUUUGGUGCCAGAGUGGACGUGUUCUGUGAGGAUGGGUACAAAUUAAUUGGAAAUAAUAUCAUCUGGUGCCAGCUUAAAGGAAACGACAUUGAGUGGAGUCAACUUCCAACCUGUGAAUUGAUUACCUGCUCUUCACCUCCUCCAAUCAGCAAUGGGAAGCAUGAUGGUGAAGGUGUGGAAAACUUUGCUUAUAACUCCACGGUGACAUACAGCUGUGCCCCUGGAUUCCAGCUCCUUGGGAAUGUGAGCAUCCGCUGUACGAGCCCGGACAAAACCACCGGAGUCUGGAGUGGAGCUGUGCCCAAGUGCAAAGGGCAUGUCAAACGUCAGUAAUAAGGCAAUUUUAAAGAGGAAAAAAUGCAGUGCUGGAGUAAGAACAGAACUGUGCAAGCAAGACCUAGUGCUCCCUGCAAUGCUCACUCUUUGUCCCCUAGAGAAAAGCUCAGCUGUCAAAUUUGGAGCAAAAGACGUGGAAAGGAGUGUCCCUCCCCAGAGUCCCCAGGGAAAUGGUAUCCAACCCCCUAAGAAGGCUUUAUCAUGGGAGAGGAAGCUCAGCCUCUACAAGAAGUCACUCCAAAAUACCAUCUCCUCCCCCCAUUCUGUGUCUGUCUCCAAGACACCAGGUCAGUCCUGGAAGCUCAUCUGGAGAUCAGGGAAAUUCCUCAGUGGGACUCCCUGGUUACUCCCAGCCCCAAACCCUGGAGUUUCCAUUUUUCCCCAUGUCUCCCUUCAGUGUCCAGGAGCUGUGCUACCUCAGCAUUCAGGUUUGUCCUACCUUUGUACAAAUCCCAAAAACACUCUUCUCCUGGGACCAGCAAAGGAUCCGUGUGUCCUCCGAAGCACAUGGGGAUCUCUGGCAUUCUCCCCAAAUCCAGCUGCUUUCAGAACUCAAAACUCUCUAAAGUUGCAUCAUUUUGUGCAAAGAGGUCGUGGGUGGCCAGGAGAAGCUGGACAUGGCAGAAGUGCUGCUACACCACAUUCCCCAUCCGCUGCAAAGGAUUAUUUUACCCAUGAAAAGGGUGAACUUUGGCUCUCUGGGACAAGGGGGGAGCUGUAAGUGUGUUAUUGUAAGUAAUGAAGCCAAAACACCCACUGGAGGGUCUCCCUACCUGGCCAGAGGUUGGGUGAAGAGUGUUUCUCUGGUGUCAGGGUCAGGCUGAGUUUGCCCACUCCUGAUUCACGUUUCUUGGGUCAAAAUCAGAAAAUCUGUUGCCCCUCCUGUGGUGGACAAACCAGCACUGGAAGGAUAAAGCAGGAAAACCCUUCGCCUGAUCUGCCCCAAAAUUGUCCCGUGCAGUGGUUGCACUUGUUAGGGCUCUUACACUUUGCUUUAAGACAAAGACUGAGCUGGAUCAGGUCUGUCCCACAUGUAAAAUGUAAUUUUUUACUGGUGAUGUGUUUUUAAAUGUUCCCAGAAAUUGACUGCAAAUCACUUCUGCAAGCAUGUCCCCAUAUUUUCCUCUCCCACCUGAGUUUUUCUUUCAGCAAUUUUAUUCUAACCCCCUGAAUCCCGUUGUGAUUCCCUGCUGAUCUGACCAGCCUUUUUUUUCAGGCUGCAGUUUCCCAGAAAUACCCCCCAGAUGUUCUGCAGGACUUCUGCAGAGCUCAGUUACGUCACAGCCCCCCUGACUGAAUGUUUCCACAGCCACAGGUUUUUUUGCUCACUAGCAACCGCCCCAAACACAGACCCAACCUCUCUGAGGAGCCGAGCUGCUCCCUCAGCUUCCCAGGAAUUUCUGGCUGUAGCACAGCCUGGGUGUGGAUACACCCAUGGCAGCUGCCCUGAGCAGGGUUGUACUGAAAGCAAAACUUGCAGAAUUAUGAGCUCAUUUCUUUUAGGAAGUCACAGAGUUUUAGACAUUAUAUUGAAUGUUGAUCUUUAUAUCUUUGGUAGUUCAAGCCCUUCUUAAGCAAAAGCUGCUUUUUUUUUUUUUUUUUUUUGUAUCAGACCUAAGUUCUUUGAAGUUUAUAUUUCUACUACAGGAAGAUAAAGCCACAAGUGGGCUGGGCAUCUCCUAAUCUCAUAACAUAAAGGAGAUACUUCUGCUUUCCAAAGGCAGCUCAGUAGUGCUGUGAGCACCCUGACUACUCACAGACACAGAAAUACAACUGCUAAAUAUCCUGCCCAGUGUUGUCACACUGCAACAGAGAGACUGGAAAUGUCACAUUCAUGGCUGCUCACCCCAUCUUUGUCCUGUAAGAAACACUAAAGCCUUUCUGGGAUUUUAUCUACAUUUAGUAAUAAAUGGUAAUUGUUUAU